CUAAUCUUAUCCAUCCAAUCCUUAGAUCCAUCAUACACCUUAUCUCUCUCAACAUGGGUGUUCAAUCCUGCAUUUCUAUACAUCCCAGCUGUUCCAAGAUGUCCUGAGAACCUCGAGCUUUUGCCAUGCUUUGCAUCAUUCUUCUCUCCACUACCAGUGACACCUCCUGUAGUUGCUGUCUCUCCCACAGUCUGUGCUGUAGUCCUGAACAUGAUCUUCGAGUACAUAGAGUUGAGCUCUGCUUCGAUCUCUGCUGCUGUCUUCUCUUCCUCGUUCUCCACCCUCGGCGGCUGCGUCAAGUCCAUAUUUUGAAAAAUAAAAUUUUAUAA